UUCCUAUGCGGAAACUGGGUCAGAGAGCACGUGUGUUUUUCCCAGGGUGCUCUGCGCUGCUGUCAUGGCCGCCCCCUUAGGUCAAUAUCCACACAUGGAGUUAUAGCUCUGUGGGUGUCGUUAUGAUAAUUGUCACUACUUGAUUUCGGAGAUUUUGGAUCCGUUUUCUUUCAUUAUUCGUUCACUGCUGUGUGAUCCUCAUAGGAACGCAUUUUGGCUACAGCGAUGUCCGGGCUGAUACGGACCCCGGAGGUGGCAGUUCUGAGGGGCUUCCCCACCGAGGCUGAGCGGCAGCAAUGGAAGCAGGAGGGGGUCUUCGGCUCUGAGAGUGGAUCUUUCUUACAAUUACUAUUAGAAGGGAGCUUCGAGGCCAUGUUCUUACAUUCAGUGACUCAAAAUAUUUUAAAUUCAACUAUGAUGGCUGAAGAAAAGAUUGACAGCUACCUGGAGAAGCAGAUAGUUACAUUUCUGGAUUGCUCAGCAGAUUUGGACCAAACAGAAAGGCAACAGCUGAUAUUCCUCCUUGGUGUGAGCAGUUUGCAGCUUUUUGUUCAGAGUAACUGGACGGGGCCUCCUACGGACUUGAACCCUCAGGAUUUUUUACCAUCUACUUUGUUACAGCAGUUCAGUGAGGUCAAAGGACUGGAUACAGUUAUUUUGAGCCUGCUCAUUUUAGAUGGUGAAUCAGUGUACAGCCUCACUUCAAAGCCUAUACUGCUCCUUAUAGCACGCAUUAUCCUGGUGAAUGUUAGACAUAAACUGGCAGCAAUUCAGAGUUUGCCAUGGUGGACUCUGAGAUGUGUGAAUAUCCAUCAGCAGUUGCUUGAGGAGCGUUCACCUCAGCUUUUUGCUCUUGCUGAAAACUGUAUUGAUCAAGUGAUGAAACUAGACAAUCUGUUUGUAGGUGAUUCGGGGCAUUAUUUGGCUAUUCAAUUCCAUCUGGAAUGUGCAUAUAUAUUUUUAUAUUAUUAUGAGUAUAAAAAAGCAAAAGAUCAGUUCAAUAUUGCUAAAGAUAUCGGCAAGUUGCAUAUUGAUUUGACAGGUGCUUUGGGAAAAAGGACACGAUUCCAGGAAAAUUAUGUGGCACAACUGAUUCUAGAUGUAAGAAGGGAAGAGGAUGUCCUUUCACAUUUUGAGUUCAGUCCAUCACCCACUCCUCAGGAACACUUAACCAAGAAUCUUGAGCUCAAUGAUGACACUGUUUUGAAUGAGAUAAAGUUAGCAGACUGUGAGCAGUUUCAGAUCCCUGACUUAUGUGCUGAAGAGCUUGCUAUUAUCCUUGGAGUCUGCACAAAUUUUCAAAAGAAUAACCCAGUGCAUAAGCUAACUGAAGAGGAGCUGCUGGCAUUUACAUCAUGUUUGCUUUCACAACCGAAGUUCUGGGCCAUUCAGACAUCAGCCUUGAUCCUCCGGACGAAACUUGAGCGAGGAAGUACGCGGCGAGUGGAGCGGGCAAUGAGGCAGACACAGGCUCUUGCAGACCAAUUUGAAGAUAAAGCUACAUCUGUAUCGGAACGAUUGAAGGUUUUCUAUUGCUGUCAAGUACCACCAUACUGGGCCAUUCAGCGCCAACUGGCAAGUUUGCUGUUUGAGUUGGGAUGUACCAGUUCAGCUCUUCAGAUCUUCGAGAAGCUAGAAAUGUGGGAAGACGUGGUCAUUUGCUAUGAGAGAGCUGGGCAGCAUGGGAAGGCAGAAGAAAUCCUCAGGCAAGAGCUGGAGAAAAAAGAAACACCAAGUUUAUAUUGCUUGCUUGGAGAUGUCCUUCGAGACCACUCCUGCUAUGACAAGGCCUGGGAAUUGUCCCGGCACCGCAGUGCUCGGGCCCAGCGCUCCAAAGCCCUCCUUCAUCUUCGGAACAAGGAGUUUCAAGAAUGUGUGGAGUGCUUUGAACGCUCAGUGAAGAUUAAUCCCAUGCAGCUUGGGGUGUGGUUUUCUCUAGGCUGUGCCUAUUUGGCAUUGGAAGACUAUGGAGGCUCAGCAAAGGCAUUCCAGCGUUGUGUGACCCUAGAACCUGAUAAUGCUGAGGCUUGGAACAAUUUAUCAACCUCCUACAUCCGAUUAAAGCAAAAAGUAAAAGCUUUUAGAACAUUACAAGAAGCCCUCAAGUGUAACUAUGAACACUGGCAAAUCUGGGAAAACUACAUCCUCACCAGCACUGACGUUGGGGAAUUUUCAGAAGCCAUUAAAGCUUAUCACCGGCUUUUGGACUUACGAGACAAAUACAAAGAUGUUCAGGUCCUUAAAAUUCUGGUCAGGGCAGUGGUUGAUGGGAUGACUGAUCGCAGUGGAGGUGUCGCCACCAGCCUCAAAGGGAAGCUGCAGGAGUUAUUUGGCAGAGUAACUUCAAGAGUCACCAAUGAUGGCGAAAUCUGGAGGCUGUAUGCCCAAGUGUGUGGAAAUGGGCAGAGUGAAAAGCCUGAUGAGAAUGAAAAGGCAUUCCAGUGUCUCUCGAAGGCAUACAAGUGUGACACACAGUCCAGUUGUUGGGAGAAAGAUAUUACAUCAUUUAAGGAAGUUGUUCAAAGAGCCUUAGGACUUGCACAUGUGGCUAUAAAAUGCAGUAAAAACAAAUCCAGUCCCCAAGAAGCUGUACAAGUGCUUUCUUCAGUCCGACUCAAUUUACGGGGCUUAUUAUCUAAAGCAAAGCAACUUUUUACAGAUGUGACAAGAGGAGAAAUUUCUGGGGAUUUAGCAGAUGAAGUAGCAGCUAUGGAUGCCUUGGUCACAGAGCUCCAAGACCUAAGCAACCAGUUUCGAAAUCAGUAUUGACUCUGUUGGAAGCAUUCUGGAAAAGGUGCCUUCAUCUUUUGGAGUUUCUCUUAUAUUGUAUAUAUCUGAAACACUGAACUGAUUUUUAAAAUAAAUUUCUGUUUUAUGACUAACAUUCUUGUUUUUGUGAUAUUCUUAAAAGUUUGCACGUUCUAAAGAACAUAAAAAGAUCCUUAUUUCUUUAGGCCUUAAUUAUGGUUAAUUUCAUGAUUUGUAUUAUUCUUGAGGUAUUUCAGCACAAAAAGAAAAUAGUUUCCUUUUUAGGAUAGUGUUUAAUUCUCUGUCAGCCUAACAUGAAUUGGAUCAUUCCUUGGAAAAACAGUCUGAACCGGAAAAAAAAAAUAUACUACAAUUUGUGGAAUCAUUAGAUUGGCUGCUUUAUUGUCCAAGGGUGUUUUAAAAAAAAAAAAAAAAGUGGAUUUGGUGAUGGAAACAUUUACACUUGAGAUUUUAUGUUUGUGU